AUGAGUAGCAUGAGUGGAUUGGCAAAAAGUGCUACCAUUGAGCUGUCAGAUUCUGCAAAAAAUCUACACAACGGUAUGGUUAAAAAUAUUGAUAAAACAUUGUUUACACAACAGGAACUGCAGGACUUAUCAAACAUAUCAUCAUUAAGUGAUUUAAUGAUAUUAAUUCAAGAACUAUUGAAUAAAAAUUUGAUUAAACUAGUGAAACAAAACAAUGAAUUAAAAUUCCAAGCCGUUGACAUCAGUGAAGCUGCUAAAAAAUCUACCAUGACCGCAGAAGAAUCGUUAGUGUACUCUUAUAUUGAAGCUAGUGGAAGAGAAGGUAUAUGGACUAAGACUAUUAAAGCCAGGACUAACUUGCAUCAACAUGUUGUUCUUAAAUGUCUAAAGUCAUUGGAAUCUCAAAGAUACGUCAAGAGUGUUAAGAGUGUUAAGUACCCAACAAGAAAAAUCUAUAUGUUAUACAAUUUACAACCAUCAAUAGACAUUACAGGUGGGCCGUGGUUUACCGAUAGUGAGUUAGACGUUGAAUUUAUUAAUAGUUUGUUGACAAUUGUAUGGAGAUAUGUGUCUGAAAAAUCAUUUCCAAAUGGAUUUAAGAAUUUUUCUAAUGAAAAUGGGAAGAAAACAUUAUAUGCACCACAUGUUAAAAACUAUUCAACCGCUGAAGAAAUAUUAAAUUUUAUAAGUAAUGCACAAGUUGCUAAUGUUGAAUUGAAUAUAGAUAAUAUAAGAUCAUUAUGUGAAGUAUUAGUUUAUGAUGAUAAACUUGAAAAGACACAGCAUGAUUGCUAUAGAGUAACAUUACAAAGUGUAUUGCAAUUAACUAAUAAUAAUAAUAUCACCAGUAGCAGUACGAGUACUAGUAUAUCAAAUGGUGAUAAUAAUGAAAAUAGUAUUCAAAUAAAGAAAGAAGACGAGACUACGUCGGAAACUACAAAAUCAAUACAACAACCAAACAAAAUCAAAAAUAAUCUAAUGGACAUAGAAGAAAAUGAGUUUUCCAUUUUCAAUCAUUAUAAUUAUUUACCAGCAUCUCAACAAGAUAAAGAAGCAGUUUAUUUUGAUGAAUGGGUUUUAUAG